GAUUAAUUUAAUUUUCAAUCAUUAAUACUCGAUACUUUUAUAAUAAACUAAAAUUGUAACUUAAUUUUAUCUGCUAAUCAUCAAUUUAAACAUAAAGAGAUCAUAUUUUCCUUCAUUGUAAUAAGAAAUGUGAGUUAUGCGUAGUCUACUCCGACCUAUUGCUAUAUUUAGGAAGGUCUUACAAUCUAACAGAGCUGUUCAGUUGAAACAUCCAUUUACAACAGCAUUAGUGUGGAGAGCUAUGGAAGAUAAAGAGUCAUUGAAAAAACGACUUACUCCACUUCAAUACCAUGUUACUCAAGAAGCCGGGACAGAAAGACCUUUUACAGGUUGUUUCAACAAAUUUUAUGAAGAAGGGAUGUAUGUCUGUGUAGUAUGUAGGCAAGAGCUGUUCAGCUCUAAGACUAAAUAUGACUCUGGAUGUGGCUGGCCCGCAUUCAACGAUGUUCUUGCAAAGGAAAAAGUGACAUUACACCAGGAUACUAGUGCAGUUGGAGCAAAUAUAUUACUGGUUUUAACACGGCCAGGUUUGGUGCGAACUGAGGUGCGAUGCUCCAAGUGCUCCGCUCACCUGGGACAUGUAUUCAAUGAUGGCCCAGCACCUACCAAGAAACGAUUUUGUAUAAAUUCCGCAUCGAUGGACUUCAUACCGGCUGAGGAGAGAACAGACUAAAUGUCAUAGAAAGUUAAUUUAUAUUAAACUUUAACAAAUUCCAUGACCUCGCACUUUUCAGGGAAAAGGUUAUAAAAAAAAAUUAUAUUUUCAUUAUUUUUAUCAACACUAUGGGAAGUAUAUUUUUGAUGCAUAGUAUUUGGAACUUUGUAAUUUUACUGUAAACAUAUUUGCUGUGAUUGCUAUCUAUUGUUAUAGGUGUAAAUACAUAUGAACUUCAAUUAGGAUUAAAAUGAAUAAGAUUAGAUGGCUUACAUUCUGUACCCAUUUAUAUUGAUGUAUUUAGAAAGCUUUUUCAGUAAAAGAACACCAUCCUUUAUCCUUAAAUACUCCUGGUAUUUUUUAUCUUUUAUUACCAUUUUAAAUAUUUUUUAUGGUGUUAUUUUUUAAUUACCAGAAAUAAAGGGUAAUGUGUAAAUAUUUAUACGGUCUUAAAUUAAUGGUCAUUUGUUUCUCCACAAUGGUACAGUUGUUAAUAAAUUUAAAAAUCCUAUGAAACAUGGACAAAAUACUUUCUAUUUUUACUAAUACAAAUAGGUAUAUAAAUGUCAUUGCAGCUUUUUAUGAAUACAAUUCUGAAACUUUACAAUCGUUAUGUUUGUGUGUAACACUCAUGCACUCUGGUAUAUUUAUUGCAAUCGACCAAUAAGAAGUUCUUUGUUUUUAGGAUAAUUUAUAGAAGUUGAAUUUCAUUUUUUACCAUUUCGCAAAUGUAACGCCAUUUUUUUCUGGUAAUUAAUAUGUAAAAUUUGUAUUGUAGAUUUUUAAUCUAAUUGUUACAUCAUUAUUUUGAAGCAUAUGGAAUACCUAAACUUACAAAUAAAUAAACAAAAAUUACACAUAUCCAUUUUUGAUUAAUCUUGUUUAGUAAGUUGUAAAUUAAGAAUAAGUACAAUAAACCUUGUAUGGAUCCAAUAGAUUUGUUUGUAUCUAUAUCUAAUUUUAGGUCCUAUUUUUAAGAACUAAAAUAUAUAACCAACAAAAUUAUUAACAGUAAUAUUUUGUUGGUAUGUAUUAAUAAUAUUUAUUAUUGAA